AUGUCAGUCAUACUCAGAAGACUCGUCCACAAUGAGGCGAUGCGCGAGGACCCUAAAGAGAUUUAUGGAUGGAGAGUGUACAUGCUCGCCUGUUCGGCUUGCUGUGGCGGCAUGCUGUUCGGAAUGGAGACCGGUAUCAUAGGAGGUGUCCUUACGAUGGACCCUUUCCAAGUAAAAUACGGAUUAAAGAACCUUGGAGAUGUAGGAGAGGCCAAUCUCUCCGCUAAUAUUGUAUCCACACUACAGGCAGGGUGUUUCUUUGGCGCCCUCAUCGCCUCCCAAAUAGCAGACAAAUGGGGUCGAAAGAUAGGGUUAAUAUCCGCAUCGCUAAUUGCUAUCGUUGGCGUUAUCAUGCAAUCUAAUCAACGGUUUCGGCGUCGCUUCGCCUCAAUGAUAAAUCCUCUCUAUGUCUCCGAAAACGCUCCUAGAGCUAUCCGCGGUGGUCUAACAGGCCUCUACCAACUGUUCAUCACAAUGGGAAUCAUGCUCGCUUUCUGGAUCAACUACGGCUCUACCCUUCACAUCAAGGGCACAGCGCAAUACAUGGUUCCACUUGCCAUGCAGGCCCUCCCCGCCCUUCUUCUGCUUGUGGGUAUGCUCCUAUGCAACGAAUCCCCCCGCUGGCUCGCAAAGCAGGACCGCUGGGAAGACGCUCGGAAGACUCUCUCCCGCGUGCGCAACCUCCCCCCAACGCAUCCGUACGUCGAGAACGAGUUCCAAGAUAUUGUCAACCAACUCGAGCAAGAGCGCCAACUCAUCGGUGGCUCCGGUUUCUGGGACCUUAUGAGAGAGAUGUGGCUCAUCCCAAGCAACCGCAAACGAGUCAUGAUCAGCAUCUUCCUCAUGGUCUGUCAGCAAAUGACUGGCACGAACGCCAUUAACUACUACGCACCGCAGAUCUUCAAGAAUCUGGGCAUCACCGGCAACACGACAGGCCUGUUCGCCACAGGAGUGUACGGAAUCGUAAAGAUGGUGGCAUGUGCCGUCUUCCUAGUCUUCGUUGCCGAUUCUCUAGGCCGUCGACGUUCUCUCCUCUGGACGUCUGUCGCCCAGGGUCUAGCCAUGCUCUACAUUGGGUUAUACGUCCGUAUCGCGCCCCCAGUGGAAGGCCAGCCCGUCAUCCCCGCCGGCUAUGUGGCUCUCGUCUGUAUCUUCCUCUUUGCCGCAACCUUUCAGUUCGGCUGGGGUCCCGUCUGCUGGAUCUAUGUCUCUGAGAUUCCGACUACCCGACUGAGAAGUUUGAACGUCGCCUUCGCUGCCGCGACUCAGUGGCUGUUCAACUUUGUCGUUUCUCGUGCUGUUCCCAAUAUGCUGGUGACCGUUGGUGCUAAUGGUUACGGGACAUACAUCAUUUUCGCCUGUUUCUGUUUCUCGAUGGGCGUCUGGGUUUGGUUCUUUAUUCCCGAUACCAAAGGCCUCUCGCUGGAGAAAAUGGAUGAGCUCUUCGGUGCCACUAGUAAUGCUACUCAUCUGAAGACUGAAGAUAUAGAGAGGAGUGCGUCCCAAGCGGAGGGUGACCACAAAGCUGAGGUUGCUACAGAAACUAGGGUGGAAAGGGUGUAA